AAGAUGUUCACCUCUCGCCUGUCUGUCAAGGCCAUUUGCCUUUCCAGCAUCAUAGUUGGAGCAUUGGGGCACAUGCAACUCUCGAACCCUCCCCCGCUCCGGUCCAAGUUCAACCCCUACACGGGCGCCGACAUCGACUAUAGCAUGACCAACCCGCUCCGAUCUGACGGCUCUGAUUUUCCCUGCAAAGGUUACCAGCAACUCCUGACCACCUCAGAAGGCACCCCUGUGGUGACGCUUGAGGGCGGUAAUUCGUAUUCCAUGGUUGUUACUGGCCAGGCAGUUCACGCCGGCGGCUCAUGCCAGGCCUCUCUAUCCGUUGACGGCGGGGAGACCUUUCGCGUGCUGCACAGCUACAUCGGGGGGUGUCCCGCGGUGCCGGGUGAUAAUUCCUUUGCCUUCCGAGUGCCUGCCGACGUACCGUCCAAGGACCAUGCUCUAUUUGCAUGGUCGUGGUUCAACAACUUGGGAAACCGCGAGAUGUACAUGAACUGCGCGUCAGUUAACACGAGCACCGGCGCUGGAAGCGAGGGGUCGAGCGGGUUUCUUAGUCGGCCGCUGAUAUUCAAGGCAAACGUUGGCAACGGGUGCGAGACGGUGGCUUCGGCAGACGUCAUGAUUCCGAAUCCGGGACCAGAGGUAACGGUGAAUAACCCGGGGGCAGUGCCGCCGCUCGGCACCUGCGAC